AUGAAAGUCAUUCCGAAUAUUUAUGAAUUACCAACAGGUUCAUCAGAAGAUGCUUCCGAUCAAUCAUCAUCAUCAUCUCCACCACCACAAUCAUCAUCAUCAUCAUCGGAACAUAAAAAAUCAUCUUCCUAUCCAGCCCUAUCUUUCGUUGGGCAUUCAAAGAGUGCGGAGGCUACCUACUUUCAAAUUCCCCAACUCUCAUGUAAUAUCGAUAUGGGAUUUAUUGAUAAAAAGUAUAUGAGUCAAAAUCCUAAUACUUUUCUGAUUACUCAUACACAUGCGGAUCAUACGUUUUAUUUGGCUGCUUGUCAACCUGCUUUUGUAAAUAGAUCAAAUCCUAAUAGAGUUUAUGUACCAAAGGGAAAGGUGGAAUUUGUAGAGAACUUUUUGCAUAGUUGUCAGGAAUUGAAUGCUGGAAAGACAUUGCCAAGAGAAAGUGUUCAGGAAAGAAAACCAAUUGAUAUCAUUGGUGUGGAACCUGGAGAUUUGAUUGAGAAAAUUGGUGGAAAGGAUAAUUAUGUGGCCAAAGUUGUAAAGUGUGAUCAUAGUGUGCCUUGUAAUGGGUAUGCCAUUUACGAAAGAAAGAAAAAACUGAAAAAAGAAUAUUCAGAGCUCAAGGGAGCUGAAAUUGCCAAAUUGAGAAAAGAAAAAGGUGAUGAAAUUUCUGAUAUCAUUCUAGAACCAAGAAUUGCAAUUAUGGGAGAUACUACUUAUCGUGUCUUUGAAAUGAAUCCAUUCUUAUUGGAAUUUCCAGUCAUUGUUGUGGAAUGUACCUUCUUAGAAAAUGGACAAGAAGAAACAGCUUUGGGAGCUUAUCACAUGCACUGGAAUCACAUCAAACCUUACAUUGAGAAACAUCCACAAACUAGAUUCAUUUUGACCCAUUUCAGUUUGAGAUAUACAGACGAUUUCAUUCUCGAAUUUUUCAAGAAUCAACCUUACAAGAAUAUUACUCCACUUGUUGAUGAUAAAUUCUAA